ACCAUUUUCCUGUCCCCCUUCCUCUCCGCUUCUUCCUUCUUCCCCGUCGAACUCGAUUCGCUCGACGGAUCUCCUCCCGACCCGUUCAACCCGAAGCGAGCGAAGAUCUCCUCGCCGCGCCUCCGAUUGCCGCCGCAGCCGCCGCCGGAAUGUCGAGCGACAGCGACGACCUCGACGAGGACGAGCUCCUCCAGAUCGCCCUCAAGGAGCAGGCGGAGCGCGAUCUCAGCUACAAGAAGCCCGGCCCCACCCCCGCCGGCCGGUCGCGAAUUACGUCCAGCCGCCCCCGCGCCCCACCAGCAGAGGAGCCACGCCCCCGCCGCCGCCGCCGCGCCGCCGCCCCCGCGAGGGCGAGCUACAACGGCGGCGCGCAGCGGCAGGUCGGGGUCGGCGGCGGCGGCAAGGGCAAGGGCGGCAGCAGUGGGAAUAGGAGGGUGGUCGACGACGACGACGAUUCGGAGGUUGAGAUGCUGAGUAUAUCGAGCGGGGACGAGGAUUCUGCUAAGGAUCGCGCGGGGUCGAGGCCCAGAGGUGGCGCGAGUGGUGGUUCUAGGACCGGUAGGGACGACGACAGAGCGUGGGAUGGCGAAGAACCUGAUUGCUGGAAGCGCGUGGACGAAGACGAGCUUGCUCGAAGGGUUCGUGAUAUGCGGGAAACAAGGGCAGCACCUGUAGCACAAAAACUGGAAAAGAAAGCAUCGGUAGUGGGUAUUAAGGGGCUGAACACUUUGCAGUCUUUCCCUCGUGGCAUGGAAUGUGUUGACCCCCUUGGUUUGGGGAUAAUAGACAACAAAUCGUUACGGUUAAUUACAGAAUCAUCAGAAAGUUCUCCGUCAAAGAUUGGCAAAGAUAAUGUGGAUAACAUCCUUCGUGAGAAGCUGAUGUACUUCUCGGAAAAUUUUGAUGCUAAGAUUUUCUUAUCCCGGAUACACCAAGAUACAAGUGCAGCAGACUUAGAGGGUGGUGCUCUUGCUCUGAAAACUGAUCUUAGAGGAAGGACUCAACAGAGAAAGCAAUUGGUUAAAGAAAACUUUGAUUGCUUUGUCUCAUGCAAAACCACAAUUGAUGACAUUGAGUCGAAACUAAAACGGAUUGAAGAAGACCCUGAAGGCACAGGGACUGCUCACCUAUUUAAUACUAUUCAAGAUGUAAGCUCAUUGGCUAGUCGCGCUUUCGAGCCUCUCUUUGAGAGACAGGCUCAAGCUGAGAAAAUUCGUUCUGUCCAAGGAAUGCUUCAAAGAUUUCGAACUCUGUUCAACUUGCCUAGUACAAUUCGUGGAAGCAUCAGUAAGGGAGAGUACGACUUGGCAGUUAGGGAAUACAAGAAGGCGAAGUCAAUUGCUCUACCAUCUCAUGUGGGAAUACUAAAACGUGUACUUGAAGAGGUUGAAAAAGUGAUGCAGGAGUUCAAAGGUACACUGUACAAAUCUAUGGAAGACCCUCACAUUGAUUUAGCAAAUCUUGAAAACACAGUAAGGUUGUUGCUAGAGCUGGAACCGGAAUCUGACCCUGUAUGGCAUCAUUUGAAUAUCCAGAAUCAAAGAAUUCGGGGUUUGCUAGAGAAGUGCUCCUUAGACCAUGAAGCAAGGAGGGAGAAUUUGCAAAACGAGCUGCAUGAAAGGGCUGUUUCUGAUGCAAGAUGGAGGCACAUUCAGCAAAAUCCAAAUGAGCCCUCAGAUGACAAUAGUCCCAAUCCUGGCAAUAUCAACAUGUUGGUAGAUGCAGAGUCACUAGACAUGGCAGGCGAAGAAGUUGAUGCUCUCAGAGGAAAAUAUAUCCAUAGGUUGACUUCUGUUAUUGUCUAUCAUGUACCAGCAUUCUGGAAAGUAGCUCUUUCUGUUUUCAGCGGGAAAUUUGCAAAGUCUUCCCAAGUUUCCGCUGAUUCAAACAUAAACAGCACUGGAAAUAAACCCGAGGAAAAGUACUCAAGCCAUUCUCUUGAGGAAGUUGCUGGCAUGAUACGGCAGACCUUAUCAGCCUAUGAAGCAAAGGUACAUAACACCUUCCGGGAGCUUGGAGAGUCGAACAUUCUCCGGCCGUACAUGAGUGAUGCUAUAAAUGAAAUAUCUAAAGCAUGCCGAAGUUUUGAAGUUAAAGAAUCAGCUCCUCCUAGUGCUGUUUCAGCUCUUCGUGCAUUGCAUUCUGAGAUCACGAAGAUUUACAUAAUAAGGCUAUGCUCAUGGAUGCGGUCAAUGACAGAAGAGGCAUCUAAGGAAGAAACUUGGGUUCCGGUGUCUAUACUUGAAAGAAACAAAUCUCCAUACACGAUCUCCUUCUUGCCUUUGGCAUUCCGUGCCAUUGUGAGUUCAGCAAUGGAUCAGAUAAACAUGAUGAUUCAGUCUGUGAAGAGUGAGGCAGCAAAGUCAGAAGAUAUGCUUGUACAGCUCCAAGAAAUUCUAGAAUCUGUUAGACUUGCAUUUCUGAACUGUUUUCUUGAUUUUGCUGGUCAUCUAGAGCGCAUUGGUGUUGAGCUAGCACAGAACAAAUCAGGCAAAGAGAGUCCCUACUUGCAAAAUGGCUACUCAAAUGAACUGGAAGAAAAUAGCUCGACUGAUCUCCCUGGAAGUGCACAUCAGCGGUUAUUAAUUGUCCUCAGUAAUAUUGGAUAUUGCAAGGAUGAGCUUUCUUACGAGUUGAACAACAAAUACAGACAAAUCUGGCUUCAAUCUACCGUAAAGGACGAAGGGGACAGUGAUAUACAAGAUUUGGUAAUUUCUUUCUCCGGGCUUGAAGAGAAAAUUCUUGAGCAGUAUACAUUUGCGAAGGCAAAUUUAAUUAGAGAAGCUGCUGUGAGCUAUUUGUUGGAUUCUGGUGUUCACUGGGGAUCAGCACCUGCAGUCAAAGGUGUGCGGGAUGCAGCUGUGGAGUUAAUGCACACUCUUGUAGCUGUUCAUGCUGAGGUUUAUGCGGGGGCUAAGCCUCUGUUGGAAAAGAUCCUAGGUGUUCUUGUGGAAGGUUUGGUCGAUACUUUUCUUAGUCUCUUUAGUGAGAACAAAGGCAAAGAACUCAGAUCACUUGAUGCAAAUGGUUUCUGCCAGCUCAUGCUCGAGCUUGAAUAUUUUGAGUUCGUGUUGAAUCCAUAUUUUACGGCUGAUGCAAGGGAGUCCCUCAAAUCUUUACAAGGCGUGCUGUUGGAGAAAGCCACUGAGAGCGUGUCGGAGGCUGCUGAGAAUCCAGGCCACCACCGGCGCCCAACUCGUGGAAGUGAAGAUGCGCUUGCAGAUGAAAGGCAGCAGGGGAUGGGUGUAUCACCAGAUGAUUUAAUCGCCCUUGCACAGCAAUAUAGCUCUGAGUUUCUACAAGCAGAGCUAGAGAGGACUCGGAUUAACACGGCAUGCUUUCUUGAGUCGACUGCAUUGGAUUUGGUGCCAGAACCAGCCAGAACUGCAUACACUCCCUUCAGGGCAGUGAAUUCUCCCAGCAGAAACUACCGAGGCGCAGCUGUGGUUGGAUCGCCAAGUUACUCACGACAGAGGCGUAGAUAAGUUCAUGACAGCUACCCCAAUUUUUUUCUGGGGGGCUGAGACUUCGUUGUAAUUUGUAUCUUUUUCCAUGUCUAUAUAUGGUUGGCAGAUACCUUAUUCUUUCAUAAGCAGCCUUUCCCCAUCACCAGAUGCCGACUCUGUUCUGAUCGAUUUGUUUUACUUGUUUCCUGCCAAGUUUCUGUUUUGCUGUUUAUAUCUAACUUGAACUCAUAGCUUGUACAUUUCCGGUUUCCUUUUCCCGGCUGGCCCGUCAUAGCUUGUAAAGAAGUUGAGAUGUUCUCAAUAGUCUUUGGAAUGGUUGUCCUCAUUGUUUGUUUUGUAA